AUGGUGGCUCGAGGAAUGGACAUAUCUAACCUACAAUCUUUUUUGUUCCAUUUGAAAGCAAACUGUAAAGGUCUCAUUCUCUCUGAAGUUCAGAUAGAUGAUGCAGAGCUUGACAAAAUUGAAAAGACGAUACCUAAAAUACUGCCACCGUAUACCGGAAUUUUACAGUGCCAUGAGGUUGUUUGGGUGAAACCACAUACGUUCCUAGAUAUUCGAAAGCUCACCUGUCUCAGCUGCUCUCCAUCCAAAGCACAACUUAUAUGCGACCAAGAUUUGAAAAUUAUCAGUAUGUUUGCCGGCUAUCCGGACUCUGUAUAUGAUGCUAAGUGUUUUACACCUUUGAAUGGCCAGUUCAGUUUGAUAUUUGGGGCUAACUUAGAUUUGGCAGAGUGUGAUCCUUCGCAGUUUAUACACGUUAUGGGGAGUUCACAAGGAUUACCUACAUGCAUUGCUUUGCCACAUACACAUAACUGUUCACUUGAGCACGCUGCAGCAGCGUGUCCGAAGCGUUGA